UUUAAUGAUAGCAAAGAAAGAAAUUCCUCUCUGAUGAUUAAGUAACAAUUAAUAAGUAGAAAUUUUAUAUUUUAUAUUAUCAAUUUAAUUUCAGUUUCGAUAUUAAUUUGAUGUAUGUACAUAUAAUAUACAGGGUGGUUGGUAACUGGUGGUACAAGCGGAAAGGGAGUGAUUUUACGCGAAAACAUAAGUCGGAAAUAUAGAAUAAAAACUUUCUUUUUAAUUUUUUUUUUCUUUUUUAAAUUUUUCCAUCGAAACAACGAUCUAUAGUGAGAUCCGUUAUAACGUACCGCACGUGUACCGAGCGAAAAUUCAAAGUCGAUUUUCUCGAAAACAAAGCCUCAAACGAAAAAUUUUUAUUCUAUAUUUUCGACUUCUUUUUUCGCGUAGAAUCAUCCCCUUUCCGCUUGUACCACCAGUUACCAACCACUCUGUAUAUACAUAUAUAUAUUUUUUUUAUAAUUAUUUCAUCUUUAUAUAUGUAUAUUGUAUUUUGCAAGAUUUAUAGAUAACAUCUUGACAAAUGCAAUUUGAAAUUUCGUAGAUAUAUCUUUUUACGGUUCAUAUUAGGUUAGAUUUUUGUCAGAUUAGGUUAAGUUAUUGUAUUAUCCACGUGGACUGCUUCUUGACAAUUAACAUGUCAGAACUACUACCAUUGCCACAAAAAAAAUAUUACAGACAACGUGCACACUCCAAUCCCAUAGCGGAUCACUGCUUAGAAUAUCCUAUCAAACCGGAUUUAAUGAAUUGGGGUUCAUUAUAUCCGUUUUAUUUUGUAACUAAUGAAGGAGAGUCCAAAGAACAGAAUCUUUCACAGAAAUGUGUUGAGUUUGUAGAUAUUGGUUGUGGCUAUGGAGGACUAUUAGUUACAUUGUCAUUAAUGUUUCCUGAAAAUUUAAUUCUUGGAAUGGAGAUUAGAGUAAAAGUGUCUGACUAUGUUAUGGAUCGUAUAGCUGCAUUAAGAUCACAAAAUCCAGGACAAUACCAAAACAUUGCAUGUCUGAGGACUAAUGCAAUGAAGUAUCUACCAAAUUACUUUCACAAAGGCCAGUUGAAGAAGAUGUUUUUCUUAUAUCCAGAUCCACAUUUUAAAAAGUCCAAGCAUAAAUGGAGGAUUAUAAAUAAGACACUUUUGGCAGAAUAUGCUUAUGUGUUAACUGAAGGAGCCAUUGUAUAUACAGUGACGGAUGUUAAAGACUUACAUGAAUGGAUAGUGAAACAUUUCCAUGAACAUCCAUUGUUUGACGAUGUUUCUAAAGAAGAAUUGGAUAAAGAUCCUAUUGUUGAAAAAUUAUAUGAAAGCACAGAAGAAGGUCAAAAGGUAACAAGAAAUAAAGGAGAUAAAUUUUUGGCUGUAUUUAAACGCAUUCCAGAUCCAUUUGAGAACAAAAUUAGUUGAUGCCAAAUACUUUAUGUACUUGUAUAUAAAUGGAGAUAUUUUUUUUGUAAUCAUUAUACAAAAGAUACCCUAAAUCCAGUCCUCAAAUAUUGGUAAUCCACAUCGUUAUUAUCUUCAUCAUUAGAUUCAUCAUGUCCUAAAAAAGGGUUAUUUAAAUAAAUGUUACUUUAGUUCUAAAAAAGAUUAAUAAAAAAUUUAUCUUUAAAAAUCGAAA